GCGGCGUCAUUAGCCUAAACCUUCCUCUCACUCUCAGUCUUCACCCUCCAUAUCUUGGGCGGUUUGCCGAGCUGUUUUCUCAACCGGGAUACCGCUUCCUCUGUCUCGCUCUCCUUUUAAACCACUUUCUCUCUUUUUUUUCUUUUCCUUUUUUCUCCCUCUCAGAACUUCCCUAUAUAUAGAGUAUAUUUAUUUUCUUCGUUUUUCUUUGUGAAGCUAUAUUAUCUCUCUCGCUCCUUUCUCUUUCUAGAAAUCAUGAUGGUAUCGUCGUGAAACCGCUUGUCCAUGGCGUUUCACAACCAGCUCUCACAAGAAAUGGCACUACAGCAUUUCACAGAACAACAUUUGGGGGAAAACGCAUCGGUUUUACGAACUAUACUGCCGGACCAUCUCGCACAGUCGUCCCCGGAGGGUGCCGGAAAGGCACCCGAGAAUCAGCAGCAGCCGGUGCAGCUCGGAACUGGACCGACGUGGCUGAACCACGCGAUUCAGCUCCGGCAACAGAGCCAGUACAGCGACAACAAUUUUCUCAACUUUCUGCAGCGGAACACGAACGACGUCGUCGCGGCCGGCGAUGAGGUUAGCAACGAUUCGAUCAUCGCCACGGCGAUGUCGCACGAAUCGGCUGAUUUGGCGAAUAAUAAUAGCAAUAACAGUAACGUGAAAGUCAACAACAGUGGCAAUGGUGCUGAGAUUGCAGAGAGUGGUGAUGUAGCCGUGAAUUGGCAAAAUGCAAGGCAGAAAGCGGAAAUCUUGGCGCAUCCGUUGUAUGAGCAGUUGUUAUCCUCGCAUGUGGCGUGCUUGCGCAUAGCGACGCCGGUGGAUCAGUUGCCGAGGAUCGAUGCGCAGCUUGCGCAGUCGCAACAUGUUGUUUCCAAGUAUUCGGCUCUCGGACAUGGUAAUUCGCAGAUGCUUGGUGACGAGAAGGAGCUUGAUCAGUUCAUGACACAUUAUGUUCUAUUGCUUUGCUCCUUUAAAGAACAACUGCAACAACAUGUUCGGGUCCAUGCAAUGGAAGCAGUAAUGGCGUGCUGGGAGAUCGAACAAUCCUUGCAAAGCUUAACAGGAGUUUCACCAGGUGAAGGCACAGGUGCAACAAUGUCUGACGACGAGGAAGACCAGAUAGAUAGUGAUGCCAACUUGUUUGAUGGAAGUCUGGAGGGUGCAGACAGCAUGGGAUUUGGUCCUCUUGUCCCUACAGAGAGUGAAAGGUCCUUGAUGGAACGAGUAAGGCAAGAGCUGAAGCAUGAACUGAAACAGGGGUACAAGGAGAAAAUUGUGGACAUAAGGGAAGAAAUUUUGCGCAAAAGAAGAGCAGGAAAACUUCCUGGUGACACUACUUCUGUCUUAAAAGCUUGGUGGCAAUCACAUUCUAAGUGGCCAUACCCUACAGAGGAGGACAAGGCAAAGUUGGUACAAGAAACAGGCUUGCAACUAAAGCAGAUAAACAAUUGGUUCAUCAAUCAGAGGAAGAGAAACUGGCACAGUAACCCUUCUACUUCCACUGUUUUGAAGAGCAAACGCAAAAGGUAUUCCAUUAAAGCAUUCAUUUUUUUGUUGAUUCACAUUUCUCAAGGGCUUUCCGCCAACCUUAAUUCGAAAUCAAAGUAAUGCAGGUGAAAACAGCAGUGGUGAUCGGUUCAUGUAAAUGAAGAGGGAAGUCCUAGAAUCAAACUCCCCAUUGAUCUAUCAUCUCAUGCUCCACGUGGGUUAUAUAAAUCCAACAUCAUACUACAUAGAAAUGUAACGCUAUAAGGAUGCAUGAAAACAAUAUGAUGAUCAAGUGAAGAACCAUUCUUUUGCUUCUACAAUUUCAAGCUAACGCAGUGGAUGAGGUAAGGUGGUGAUGACGAUAUAGGUAUAUGCUCUUCAAGGCAUGCAGAUGGUGUAUUAAUCCUUAUGAUUAGGAAGCUAAGAUUUUAAGAAAAUAUCACUUAAACCAAUUUCAUUUAUGAUUUUUGUUUCCUCUAUUCAUAGUUGAGAAUAAUCAUAGUGAUUGGGGUGUCAGUGUACAGUGUAAUAAUAAUUACCUCUUGCAUGGCUCCUAAUAGUACUGGUGAUUAUAGUUUUUAUGGCAUUGUAGUAUAGCAAUAAAUCUGCUGCAGAUAUGGUUACUUAUAUGUAACAUAUGAUCUUUGACACCAUAAUGAAUAGCAUUAAGUAUUCUCUGCUUUUUUAUUAA